UUAAAAAAAAAAUUUUUUUUUGUUGUAUCGUGUUCAUAACAUCUGUAUACUAAAAAUGUAGCAACCAACAUAUUAAACUAAAUUCGAUAGAAUCAGCUAUUACCAUUUCAAAUACUAUAGAUGUGUUUUUGUUUUAUAAUUAUAUUACGAUUAAUUCAUUUUGAAAAUGUACUUACUAUAUUUCACAACAUUGUGCUUAACUGGACCAAUAAUAGCUUCAUAUGAAGAACAGAUGGAGAUGUUGCUAAGAAGACCAUUUUGGGAAACUGUAGUAUCAGAAUAUCCAAAUAUAGCUAUAAAAGAUGAAACCGAAGAAGUUACAUUGAGAGAAUUGUUUGCGCCAGGUUUAAACAAUAAAAUAGUAGAUGAAAUAAAUAGAAAUGAAAAAAUACGACAAUUCCAUUUAUUAUUGAGUGUUAUUUAUGGUGACUUUAUGUAUAAUUUCCUUGAAUUUCUGAGUAUUAUCCAAAAACAUCAUUUAAGACUUAAUUUACAAUGGAACUGCAAAGAUGAUUUGGUACUUCUUAUUCAAUACUAUGACAAUAUAACUUCAAUGGCAUAUAAUUCAUUGUUUUUAUUAGAAAGUUGGUACCAGGUUGAUGAUAGUUAUCCUCUUAUUAAUGAUGUAGUCCAAUAUGUAAUUUUUAAAUUAAAACUUACUGAAAAUUUGAACGAAGAAAUAUUCUACCGGAGUUUGGAUACUUUAAUGAUAGAUUUGAAUUUUUUUUUCUCCAAUAACUUUAAUGCAACAGCUAAUUUAACAGUUAAAGUAAAUGAUUUAUUAUCAAUAAACCGUUUCAUUGCAUUAGUAUUAAAUUCAAAUUUCAGCCAGGAACGUAGAAUAACGUAUUUCAAGGAUUUUUUAAAGUAUGCAUAUGAUGAUUUUUUAAAGUUUUUUAAUGAUGUAGGAUUUGUUUUUGAUGAAAACACACGUGAAGUUAACUUGAUACUAUGAUUUAAAACUCAAAUCCGAAUACACUGCUUAUAUCUCAAGCCAAAUUCACAUUAUACAUAAGCGAAAAUAUAUUCAUUUAUUAAUAUUAUAUUUAUAUAAGCUGUUAUAAUUUAUUGUAUUAUAAAAAAAUUACAAAUUUCAAUUAAUACAAAUAUAUAUAUAUUUUUUUUUGAUCUUGAUACGUGUCAAUUUUAUCAGGUAUAUGCUUUGUUUAAAUGUGUA